AUGCUUUCGUGCUUUUUUUUUCGUCCCCCCCUUUCCACCCGCGCGGCGCCUUUCGAACAGAAAAUUGCAGCAGAGCAGAGCCUGCGACGGGAAAAGGAAGCUUCCGCGUUGCUGCAACAGAUGCUCCAGCAGGAGCGGGAGGCGAAGGCGGUGAUGCUCGCGGCGCGCGAGGACGAGGCCGCCGAGAUCGACGGCGAGAAACGCGCUUUGAUCGCGCGGAGCAGGCAGCUGGCGGCGCGGGUGGAGAGAGCGGAGGAGCGACUGGAGGGGCUGGAGCAAGAGAAGGAGGCCGUCAUACUCGAUCGCGACGCGAUUGCUAUGGAAUCGGAGGUGUUGGUGGAGCGACUCGGGGAGGUGGAACAGACGGUGGAGAUGCUUCGGCAGGAGAACGUGAAUCUCGAGGCGGAGCUGUUGGCCGCACAGCGAUCGCGAGAUACGUACUGGACGCACAGUAUUGCACUGUACCAGGAUAAAGCAAAGCUGGAAGAGCAGUUAGCACAACUGAGCAGCAUCAGCAGUAACCUGGCAGGAGGCAGGACCAAGGCUGCAGCUACUUUGGGCAAGAAAACCCAGACCCCCACCAGAGCCGGAGCAGGCGGCGCAGCAGCAGCGGGUGGCGCCCGCCGAAACUCCCUCCCAUUCCCUAACCCACGCUCUUCAGCAUCUCCUCUCACUUCCCUAGAGACCUUCACCUCCCCAUUUGCACUCCACCCCACCGCUCUCAACUCCGCCCCACAGCUGCUGAAACAGCAGCUCACGUUCGGCACGGUGUACGAGUGCCCGCCGCUGCUCGCGUCAGCGUCCAUGUCAGCAUCCACGUCAGCAGCGAUAGGCAUGACGCAGCACGGUGGGCUUGACAUGGUGCGAGCAGCCAGCAUCGCCAGUGGGGCCCCUUCUACUGCCAAUGCUGCUGCUAGUGGUGGUGCAAUCAGUGCAGCAGGGGGGUUUGACUCAGCCGGCAUGCGCAGGAGUGGGAGCUUUACAGCAUACCAGGCCCCAGCUUCCACUCUCCUCACACGCAGCCUCUCAAGCAACACGGCAGAGCACAGGGCACGGCAGGCCAGCAUGGCAGCAGCUGGUGGUGGUGGCAGAGGUGAGAUAUUGAAUGGAGCUGCAGGGCUGGCUGCGGUGCAUGAGGGCCCUGAAUGA